GGAUCAGUAUGGCUGGCCUUGUGACAUGUGCUCCACUUUUGGUGACUGCAGCAACCUUCUAGGCAAUACCUGUGGAUGCAUCAAUGCACUUCCUCCAAAUAAUACUUACUGCCAGCCACUGUCAGAUCUAAAUCCCUGCCCAACGACAGCACCAACAACUACUCCUCCACUCUUCCGUCAGUACCUUCUUUCUAUAAAGCUGAAAACAACAACAGUUGCAGCUGUAGAAAGACUGAGAAACAUCAGCUACCCCAUCAUCAGCAGCAAUCUACACAUCUCUGAUGUUAACAUCUCUACAGUGUGCUCCCCCUAUAAUACAAGCCACCAGUGCAGAUGUGAGGAUCAGUAUGGCUGGCCUUGUGACAUGUGCUCCACUUUUGGUGAAUGCAGCAACCUUCGAGGCAAUACCUGUGGAUGCAUCAAUGCACUUCCUCCAAAUAAUACUUACUGCCAGCCACUGUCAGAUCUAAAUCCCUGCCCAACGACAGCACCAACAACUGCUCCUCCAGUCUUCCGUCAGUACCUUCUUUCUAUAGAACUGAAAACAACAACAGUUGCAGCUGUAGAAAGACUAAGAAACAUCAGCUACCCCAUCAUCAGCAGCAAUCUACACAUCUCUGAUGUUAACAUCUCUACAGUUUCUAACUGUUGA